CAGAGACCCAAACUCUGCCCAUUUCUGGUGAAGCUGCACAGGACCAGCAGUGAGUCAGAGGCUGGGUUCACCUCUGCUGUAUUUAUUAUUUUCCUCUGUGCAAGUCAUGUUUCUGCUGAACUUGCCCUGUGCUGCUCAGAGGUGGAACCUGCUGGCACUGCUUGUCUACCUUGGCACAUAAAAUCCAGGUGCACGUCCUGGACUCCAUGUGGAACAAAAUGUUGUUCUACACAAGGGAAAUAAUUGUUGGAACAGCACUCGGAGCAAAAGGAUACCAGAGGAGGGCUCUUUUCUGCAUUCCAGGCUCCUUUUGGGCCACCAGACCUUUCCACCCAUCAUCCUGUGCUGCCCUGCAGUGCCCACAGGUGCUGGCCAAGGGCAUACAGAGUUGGUCAUGGUGGUCACUGAAAUCCUCUUUCUUUCCAGCCUGUGCCUUUGCUGGUCUCUGGAACUGUGUCACCAUCAACCCCCUGAACAUCGCAGCCGGCGUGUGGAUGAUGCUCAACGCCUUCGUCCUGUUCCUGUGCGAGGCCCCUUUCUGCUGCCAGUUCAUCGAGUUCGCCAACGCCGUGGCCGCCAGGGCCGACAGGCUGCGGGCCUGGCAGAAAGCAGCUUUCUACUGCGGGAUGGCCGUGUUCCCCGUCAUGCUCAGCCUGACGCUCACCACGCUCUUGGGCAACGCCAUCGCCUUCGCCACCGGGGUGCUCUACGGCCUGUCGGCCCUUGGAAAGAAGGGAGAUGCCAUUUCCUACGCCCGCAUCCACCAGCAGCAGAAGCAGAUGGAUGAAGAGAAGCUCACGGGGAGCCUGGAGGGACAGGCUCUCUGAAGGGCACGAGCUCGGGGUAGCAUCUCCUGGACACUGAGAUGGUGAAGAUGAGGAAAUCCACUCUGCCCUUCCCUCUGUCCUCUCCACUCCCUGCUGCACCACGAUUGCCCUGGACACUGCAGCAACUGGAAAUCUCAGGGGCUGGGGCAGGCUGUGUCCUCUUGUCCUCUCCUCACACCAGCAGCCAGACCUCAGCACGUCGCUCCUUCUCUCCUCAGCCCUCAACCCAAACAGUGCUCCUAUUUUUUAAUAUUUUCUUUUCUUUUUGCUGCAGAGGUGCUGGCUCUCUGAGUGCUGCUUUCCCAGCCUUUCUUUUUUUUUUUUUUUUUUU